AUGAAACUCCUACUCCGUCUCGGCAGCAGGGUCUCGGCCCGUUCCAUGAUCCCAAACCUUCCCCAAUUGGCGAGGACGAGGGCACUCACAAUAUCGCACAGCACCUACUAUGCACGGAAGGUUCCACACCGCGCUGCUACGUUGAACAAAUUCCGGCAGCAGGAAAGCAUAGCGAGUAUCAGCCACACCGAGGAAAUUGACUAUGAUGCGCUGCUCGAGGAGAAGCUCAUGCAGAACGCAGAGGCGCUGGAGAAUGUUACGGAUGAGCAGCUGGCGUACUGGGACUCGGAAGGGUUUGGAAAGCUACUCUCGGAGUACCCAGCAAUAGCGCUCAACAUUCGGGUCCCUCCUGGAGCACCCGUGGCGGAGGUGGACGACGAGAUGGCAGCGGACCUGGCGAUAGAGCUGUAUGUGGCCGGGUAUCCGGCGGAGUUGAUGCAGUCACCGGAUGCGCAGGAGAGGUUUGCGGAAAUGAUGACGAAAUUGAUCGAGGAGUCGAUUCCGGUUAUCAAGGAGGGACUAAGAAUUGGCUGGUUGGCUCCGGUGGAUAAGAAAGUGGCUGCUGUACUGGAUAGUGCGUAG